CUAGUCCGUGAAAGUACUUGCGUGAGCGUUUUACUCGAACUUGAACUUGAACGCGAUGUGGAUAUGGCAGAAGUUGCUUUUUCUCGUCUUGUUGACUCUCUCGAGCAGCAAAGGCCUUGCCUUACAUAAUUACGCUCCUGCGCACGAGUACAAACCGUCAGCUGACUACAGUUUCAGCUACGGCGUCAAGGACUUGCAUACGGGAGAUGUGAAACAUCAAUGGGAAAAGAAAGAUGGCGAUAUCGUGAGAGGCCACUAUUCGGUUUUAGAGCCAGAUGGUUCUGUGAGAAUUGUUGAUUACACAGCUGAUGGGAAAAGCGGUUUUAAUGCUGUUGUUAAACACACUGGCCCGUCACAGCAUCCUAUCAGCCAUAAAGAGAACAACCUGAAAGAAGUGCUGAAAACAAAUUUCGACGAUAAUAAAAUCAAACAUUACGUUUUUGUCCCACAAGAAGAGGCGGAGACUGAAGAGUCGAUCAAAGUUAACCAAGUCCAAAUUCCUGCAAAGUAUUACCACAAACCGGCUUACUACCACCAGGAGGAAGAGAUUAAAACGACUCGACUUCCUGUUGAUUUAAAUUUUGUGAAACAAACGACUGAAAAUAUUGUUCCGAUUGAUGUGAGCCAACUUUACCCUAUUGAAAUCGAUUUGAGUCAACAUUCUAUGCCUCGUGAGUUAACUCAAGAAGAAUUGAGGAAGUUUUUGAAGGAGUAUUACCAAUCCGGGCUUGAAACUUUCAACGAACCUCAACUGGAACAUGGUUUUAGACCAAUUAAACCGAUUCGGCAAACCUACAAAUCGAACAAAAAACCGGUUACAACUCCAGGAUUAAGAAAUUAUGCAUCCAAACACGGUACCAAAUAUCAUUUAAGGCACCACCAAACUUAAUUUAUUUUGUUAUUUUUUUUAUUUUCAAUAAAGUUGUUAAAGUUGA